UACAUUCAAGAACUAAAUUAAAUAUUUUCAUGUGUUCCAUGUUACAGCAACGACAGAACAAUAUAACUCACCAUCCACUCCUUACAUAACUAGUACAGUUACACCAAUGACAAACAUCAUAACCAAGACAUCAUCUCCUACUAAGAUUAUAACCACCAUGACCAACAAAUUACCUGCAACUACAUUCCGUACACAAGCAUUUUCGUCCACAUUUCUCGGCAAAACACCUUCAAUAUUACCAAGCACUCCAUCAAUGAGACACCAAACACAGGUAACAACUAUAAAGCAAACAAGGAUGAAGGCAUUACAAAACAUGACACAAUCAACCAUUACAGUGACGAGAAAAUCAGUGCCAACAAUAAUAACAUCAACAAAAGCAACAAUAACAGUACCCAUGACAAGGACAACAGCAUCCAUACCAUCGCCAACGGCAUCGCUACCAUCACCAACAUUAUCUAUACCAACAACAACAAAAACAUCCAUGCAAUCAAUGAAAACAUCAACACCAACAAGAAUGGCAACAACAUCAAUACCAUCCAAAAAAAAAUUAAUGCCGACACCAACAACAUCAAUACCAUCAGUAAGGACAUCACUACCAUCAGCAACUACGUCAAUACCAUCAGCAACAACGUCAAUACCAUCAGCAACUACAUCAAUACCAUCAGCAACAACAUCAAUACCAUCAGCAACAACAUCAAUACCAUCAGCAACAACGUCAAUAACAUCAGCAACUACAUCAAUACCAUCAGCAACAACAUCAAUAUCAUCCGCAACAACGUCAAUACCAUCAGCAGCAACAUCAAUACCAUCAGCAACAACGUCAAUACCAUCCGUAACAACGUCAAUACCAUCCGCAACAACGUCAAUACCAUCAGCAAGAACGUCAAUACCAUCAGCAAGAACGUCAAUACCAUCAGCAACAACGUCAAUACCAUCAGCAACUACAUCAAUACCAUCAACUACAUCAAUAACAUCCGCAACAACAUCAAUACCAUCCGCAACAAC